ACAUCUUUGUUAUCUGGAAAAGUGAACUCCUUGUCCAAGAAAAAGUAGACUGCAGCGCAGACUUCACGGUUUCAAAAAUUUCAGACUUUCUUCUUCCAUCAUCGUUACUCACCAAUCUCAAUAUUUCCAAUUUCUAAGGAUCAGAAUUUGUCCCUCCUCCCCUCCCUCUCUCUCCCACCCACAUUCUGCCGUAUGAUUCGUGGAUCUCAGUUACUACUAAGGGUUCAACUUUUAUCCCUCCAACACUGAGCUAAAUGAGACCAAAUUGGGAGCUCAAGAACUGCUGCAACCACGAGCAGGUGGUGUUUCUGGUCACUGUCAGUGUCUGCACUGUGGUGAUUCUCGCGCUUUGGAGAACAGUUCUACUCACACCUUUUAAGCUUAUUACAGUAUUUCUUCACGAGGCAAGCCACGCAAUUGCUUGUAAACUUACAUGCGGUCAUGUAGAAGGAAUUCAAGUUCAUGCAGAUGAAGGUGGAACAACCCAAACACGUGGAGGCAUAUAUUGGCUGAUCUUACCAGCAGGAUAUCUUGGUUCAGCCUUCUGGGGCAUGAUCUUGAUACUUGCAUCAACAAAUCUUCUUACUGCAAGAAUAGCCGCUGGCUGUUUUAUUGCUGCUCUACUUGUUGUCCUCUUUGUUGCAAAAAAUUGGACUCUUCGAGGACUUUGUAUUGGGUUUAUCAUUUUCCUUGGUAUAAUAUGGGCUCUUCAAGAGACGACUAAAGUUCGAAUUUUACGGUACAUUAUCUUGUUCAUAGGUAUAAUGAACAGCCUGUUCUCGGUAUAUGAUAUUUAUGACGACCUGAUCUCUCGUAGAGUUCACUCCAGUGAUGCUGAAAAAUUUGCAGAAGUGUGUCCGUGCCCUUGUUCUGGAUUCGGAUGGGGCGUUAUUUGGGGUCUGAUAUCUUUCAUCUUUCUUUGUGUAGCCGUUUAUCUGGGUAUUGUGAUCUUGUCAUAAGCAGGGUUCUGCUCUGUAAAGCUGAUUCUCUUGCUAGAUUAAGGGCUGUGGCUUAAUGGCGAGCUACCUCACAGUGAUGUGCAAACUUUGGAUCAUUUAGCAGCUCCACCGGGACUUGCCGGAUAACAAAAGUUGGCCAAAUACU